AUUCUGGACCCUGUGAGGAUUCUGUGUUAUACUCACUCCUGACCCUCAAGCAUGAGAUUCACGGCUCUCCUUCUUCUGGCUGCUCUGGUUGAAGCCCUGGUCUGUGCCCAUGAUACCACCACCGAUUACAUUCAAGCUGCUACAACUAAGGAUUCUCUGAGCUCUAAACUUGAGAUCACAGCUCCAGCAGAAUCUACUUCACUCCAAGAAGCCACGGCAGCCCAGAAGACUUCAGGGGCAGCUGAGGCCCCAGCCAGGAUCACCUUACGGAGGCAAGGACUAAAUCCCCUGAAAUCCAUCAUAGAGAAAAGUUUCUUGCUAGCAGACCAGGCCUUUGAUGGAGCAGAAAAGAGAGCUGAUGAAGGAAUUCAGGAUGGAAAACAGCUAUUUGAAGGUGGAGCUGACUUUAUACAAAGACUGAGGAAGAUUCUUUUGGAUCCAAGAAAAUUUUGGUUUCUUAGUAUCUGAAAAGAUUGGGAUCUGGGAACUUAAUGCCUUAAACAUGUGUGUCGCCCAGAGCAAUUAAAACAAAAGCAUGCAA